GCAAAUAGCGUACAUGAGCAUUGAAUUGUUCUAACUUGUAAACUCAAAAUUGAGCAGCAUAUGAGUGAGUGAUUUUGUGUGUUCAUCAUCUUGAUCUCACUCACUACUUACUACUCUGUUCCCUCCAAUUCCAAUUUCUUCUUUCGAACCCUAAUCUCCCAUACUCGUAGCACCUUCAGCCUCCGAUCUGCUCAUUGCUGCAUUCGCUUCCAAUUAUGAAUCACUCCUCCGUAGACUUUGAGAAACCAAUUGGUUACUACGCUGCUUCAGUUCAAGAGCUUAUUGUUAUUGAUGAUGUUCUUUCGGCUAUGGUUGGGGUCGAAGGACGUUACAUCUUAAUCAAAACAGUUCAUGGAAAGACGGAUGAUGUUACUUUCCAUGUUGACCCAUCUAUGGAUUUGGCACUGCAGGAAUUGGCAAAACGGAUAUUCCCUCUUUGUAGGAGCUUUUUGUUGAUCAACCAGUUUGUGGAGUCAAGGUCUCAGUUCCAGAAUGGCCUUGUUAAUCAUGCCUUCUCUGCUGCUCUAAGGGCUCUUCUUCUUGAUUACCAAGCCAUGGUAGCACAGCUCGAACACCAAUUUCGGCUUGGUAGACUUUCCCUUCAAGGAUUGUGGUUCUAUUGUCAGCCCAUGAUGGGGUCAAUGCAAGCAUUAUCCAUUGUUAUUCAGAAGGCUGCAUCCAACAAUUUUUCUGGAUCUGCUGUUCUUAACUUACUGCAGAGCCAGGCAAAGGCUAUGGCUGGAGACAAUGCUGUCAGGUUAUUGCUUGAGAAAAUGACACAAUGUGCGAGCAAUGCUUACAUGAGCAUAUUGGAAAGAUGGGUCUAUGAAGGAGUUAUUGACGAUCCAUAUGGAGAAUUUUUCAUCGCAGAGAACAAAUCUUUUCAGAAGGAGAGCCUCACUCAAGAUUAUGAUGCCAAGUAUUGGGGACAGCGUUACAGCCUCAAAGAUGGAAUUCCUAGUUUUCUAGCAAAUAUUGCUCAGCCAAUUUUGACCACUGGAAAAUAUCUAAAUGUCAUGAGAGAAUGUGGGCACAACGUUCAGGUCCCUCAAUCAGAAAAUUCAAAACUAAUGAGCUCUGGUUCAAAUCAUCAUUAUCUUGAAUGUAUUAAGGCUGCCUAUAACUUUGCUAGUCGUGAACUGUUGAAUCUCAUUAAGGAAAAGUAUGAUCUAAUGGGAAAGCUGCGAUCUAUAAAGCACUACCUUCUUCUUGAUCAGGGUGAUUUCUUGGUACAUUUUAUGGAUAUUGCUCGAGACGAGCUAGCCAAAAAGCCUGAUGAAGUCUCGGUUGAGAAGUUGCAGUCUCUUCUAGACCUUGCUUUGCGUACUACAGCAGCUGCAGCAGAUCCUCUUCAUGAAGGCGUAACCUGUGUUGUGGAAAGGUCAUCUUUGCUGAAAAGGUCGAGCACAUUCAAAGAUCUUGAACUUAGCCAGCGAAGUUCAGGUGACAAUGACCUGGAGGAGCCAGUUAGCAUCACUAGCCUUGAAACAUUUUCACUUAGUUAUAAGGUGCAAUGGCCAUUGUCUAUAGUAUUAUCACGAAAAGCCCUUACAAAAUACCAGUUAAUUUUUCGAUUUCUUUUCCAUUGUAAACAUGUUGAGCGUCAACUGUGUGGAGCAUGGCAAGUACAUCAAGGUGUUAAAGCUCUCAAUACACGUGGAACUGCUCUCUCCAGAUCAUCUCUUCUUUGCCGUAGUAUGCUUAAAUUCAUCAAUAGCCUUUUACACUAUCUGACAUUUGAGGUUAUUGAACCCAAUUGGCAUGUGAUGCAUGACCGACUUCAAUCAGCAAAUAGCAUAGAUGAGGUUAUACAGCAUCAUGAUUUUUUCCUCGAUAAAUGUUUGAGAGAAUGUUUGCUUCUUUUACCUGAGCUGCUCAAGAAGGUGCAGAAACUUGAAUCCAUGUGCCUACAAUAUGCAGCAGCAACUCAGUGGCUUAUAUCAUCUUCUAUCGUAUUACACAAUCCAGAUGAACCAACUGAAUCCUCGACGAAAGCCAAGCAACGGAAAUCCGGUCAGGUUCUAAAGUCAACCACCAGAAAUGUGGCAGUCACCGAGUCCAUUCUGAAAUUUGAAAAGGAAUUCAAUGCUGAGCUACAGAGUCUUGGAUCAAUGUUGAGUAGUAGUUCCCAGGCAGAGCCAUAUUUGGCUCAUCUUGCACAAUUGAUCCUUGGUGUUAAAAGCGAACAGAAUGGUUUUUAAAUGGGUUUUCUGUAAAAAGUAAUGCAAGCUUUCAAUACGUGAUUGUAAUUUUCGAGUAUGGGCUGUGUGAUUGUGUCAUUCUUACUAAUGCUUGUCUUCACGUUUCUUAGCAACAAAUGAAUAUUUGAGAAUGGUAUUUUUGUUUUGAGAUGCUAAAGUUUUGCUAAAAUUUGUCCCGCCAAGUCAAUAUUUGAUUCCUCAAAUGAUAUAA